UAACUGACGCUAAAAACAGCUGUCGAAGCCCGCUUCAUUUUCCAAUUGUUCGCGUCCUUACAAAAUUGUUAUUUAAAGUAUUGUUGUUUGUGAAUUGUUUUAAACAAUCUGUAUUAGGAAAGUAAAACGGACCAGUCAAUGGACCAAUCAAAACAGGUUCUGCGGGACUAUUGCGGCGACGGCAAUGGAACCUGCACGUCGUCCUUGAGGGAGAUAACCUUGAUCGAAACUGUCACCAGCUUCCUGGAAGAGAAUGGCGCAGCAGAAAUCGACAGGAAGGUGCUGCGCAAGCUGGCCGAGGCUCUGUCCAAAAGCAUAGACGACACCAGUCCAGGGGCCUUGCAAGAUGUCACCAUGGAGAAUUCAUAUGCCAGUUUUGAAGCAAAUCGACCCCCGGGUGGCAGCCACUCGCCCAUGGCUCUCCAGGGUCGGUCGGUGCGUGAGCUGGAGGAGCAAAUGUCGACGCUGCGUAAGGAAAACUUCAACCUGAAGCUGCGCAUCUACUUUAUGGAAGAGGGCCAGCCUGGUGCCCGAUCCAACCACAUUGGCGAACCCACAUCCAAGCAGCUGAUAGAUGCGAAGAUACAGGUCGAGGUGCUGCGCAAAACCAUUGAGGAGAAAACGGAGCUCUUAAGGGAGGCCGCCCGGGCCAUUACAGAUCACGAGGAGAUUCAGCGCAAGGCGGAAUUGGAGAGUCAGACCAUGAUCGAGCAUCUGCAGCAACAAAUACGCGGCUAUGAGGCUGCGGCCAGAGUUGUCCAUCCAAGUGCUGCGAUCGACGCUGAGAAGCUCAUACGUUUGGAGCGAGAAGUUCACAGGCUGGAGAACGAGCUGCAGGAGGCGGAUGUGCGUCACAAGGCAGUCAAAAGCCAGAUGGAAUUCGCGCUGGCCGAGCGCCUGGACACCGUGAUGUCCUGUGAGGCCAAAAUCGAGGAGCUCGCCAUCAAGAAUGCCGAGCUGGUGGAACGCCUCCAGAGCCAUUCAGAGUCUAGCGAUGCGGCCCAUAAGACCAUUGCGCACCUAAGGGCCGAAAUAGGGGGUUGCCAGGAUGAGAACAGACGGCUGACGAGUGCCUUCAAUGCGGCGGAGUCGGAACUUAAGCGGCAAAACGAUUCGAUGAAGGAGGCUUCCGAAACGCUGAACAUCCAGCUUCAGUCCAUCGAGCUACUGGAAAGCAAUAUUAAGCACAAAGAUGCCAGCUACAGCCGGCUGAUGGAAAGGGUAUUGGACUUAGAGGCGCUGACAGACAGGCAGACCGCUGAGUUGGAUACGUUGAAGCAGGAGACUCAGUACUACCGCGAUCUUUCCGAGAGUCUGCAACAGAAGCAGCGGCUCGAACGCGUGGCCAUUGUGCCGCCGAUGCGCACGAUGGCCGAUUCCCGUGAUGGUUACUCAUCUUCCUACUCUAUUGACCGUAGUGGGAGCAGUUCCUCGUUGUCCUCUAAUUUCUCGUCGCUCACUGUCCUAUGUGGCAGAGGCGGCCCUAUACGCGAGAGCCUCUCGCAGUGGAGUCUUGCCCAGUCAUCGCCCACAGCUACAGUACCUGAGGCAGAUGCACCAGCCAUAUCCUCUGCCUUGGCAACCUUUUCCCGUGAACCGGCUACCGAUCCACCUAUCCACGAGUAUUCACAGCAGUCAGUGGCCGCUAUUUCCCGGAAGACCUGCGACGCUGCUCGCUGUUGCUGCGCCCAGCACCGCCUACUUCAAAUACUCGCUGCCAAAUUUGAUUGGGUCCCAGCGGCUCCUUCUGCAAUAUGGCACUUCGCCCUCAAACUGACCUUUUUGUCGGUGCGGUUGCAAACCUGCCUGUUGAGCACCGGCAUUCCGAUGUAUGACAAGCGAGACCUGGGCGCCCAGCUGGCGGACAAGAUGUGCGAGCUUCAGGAUGCCCAAGAGAAGCUGAAGGAGCGGGAGCGCAUCCACGAGCAGGCCUGUCGCACCAUCCAGAAGCUGAUGCAGAAGCUAAGCAGCCAAGAGAAGGAGAUCAAGCGGCUGAACCAGCAGCAGAAGGAGCAGUCGGUCAACAAGGAGAACGACACCGUCAAAUCGAUUGCUUCGCCCUCAACAACUGGCCGAUCCCUGAGCGACAACGAGGCCUGUUCCCCGGACAUCUCUUCUAGCCUGAAGGACCGUUACGAGCUUAAGAUUUCCGAGCAGGAGGAACUUAUCAAGCAACUGAAAGCAGAGGUUAAAAAGAAGACCACCAACCUGCAGAACCUGGUCAACAGGGAGCUCUGGGAGAAGAACCGCGAGGUGGAGCGCCUCACCAAGCUUCUGGCGAAUCAGGAAAAGUCUCUUCCACAGAUCGGUGAAGAGUCUUCCGGCGAAGCUGCCGCUGACCUGCAGCAGUCGUUCUCCGAGGCAGACUACCUACGGGCGGUGGAACGCAACAAGCUGCUGCAACGCAAGGUGGAUGUACUCUUCCAGCGGCUAACCGAAGACCAACAAAACUCCGUUGUCAUAAGCCAACUGCGCGUGGAGCUCAAGAAAGCCCAGACGGAUGUGGAGAGUGCGGACAAGUGGCGCCUGGAGUGCGCGGACGUCUGCAGUGUUCUGACCAACCGCCUGGAAGAACUGGCCGGUUUUCUCAACUCUCUGCUGAAGCACAAGGACGUGCUUGGGGUUCUUGCCGCAGACCGUAGACAUGCCAUGCGGAAGGCCGUGGAUCGCAGUCUGGACCUGUCCAAGAGCCUAAAUAUGACUCUCAACAUCACGGGCACCUCUCUGGCCGAUCAGAGUCUGGCCCAGCUGUGCAAUCUCUCCGAGAUUCUGUACACCGAAGGGGACCUUAGUCAAAAGACUUUCAACUCCCACGAGGAGAUCCAUGCCGCCAGUUCUAUGAGUCCCACCAUGGAGAACUUGAAGGCGGAGAACAAGGCUCUCAAGCGGGAACUAGAGAAGCGACGCACCACCGAUGGUCAGCAGCAGCAGCGCAAAGAGCGGCGAUCGCUGCCACUUCCCAGCCAGCAGUUGGACAACCAGAGCGAGUCAGAGGCUUGGUCGGAGCCGGAUCGCAAGGUUUCCUUGGCGCGCAUCGGCCUGGAGGAGAACUCCAACAGCUUGGCGGCUCCCGAGCAGCCCGGCAGUGAGUCCGAAAGCGAAGGACGCGCUUGCUCGACUCGCCAAGACCGUAACCGCAACAGCGAGCGCAUUGCUCAGCUGGAAGAGCAGAUUGCCCAGAAGGACGAACGCAUGCUGAACGUACAGUGCCAGCUGGUGGACCUGGACAACCGAUAUAAGCAAGAGCAGCUUCGUUGCAUGGAAAUCACCCAGCAACUGGAGCAGCUUCGCGCCGUCAACGAAGCUCUCAAGGCAGAUCUGCAAGCCAUUGGCUCCCACGAGGACCAGCGAAUAGUGGAGCUGCAGAAGAUGCUGGAGGCUAAGAGCCAGCAGAUCGAUCAGUUGAAGCUGGCCCAAAGCACUUUGACAGCCGAUGCCCAAAUAACCGAGAUGGAGUUGCAAGCGGCGCAGCAGCAGAUCCAAGAAAUGGAGCAACAGUACGCCGAGUCCUUGGAUCAGUUGCAGACCCAGCUGGAGAAGCAGAGAGUGGAGGCAAUUGAGCAGCUCGAGGAGCACGAGCGCCUGCACCAGGAGGCCCUCGAACGCGAUUGGGUGGCUCUGACCACCUACCAGGAGCAGGCUCAACAGCUGCUGGAGCUGCAGCGUUCCCUAGACUACCAUCAGGAGAACGAGAAGGAACUGAAGCAGACUUUGGUAGAGAACGAGCUGGCCACACGGGCCCUCAAGAAACAACUAGACGAAAGCACCUUGCAGGCCUCCAAGGCGGUGAUGGAGCGCACCAAGGCCUACAACGACAAGCUGCAGUUGGAGAAGCGCUCCGAGGAGCUCAAACAGCAGCUGGAGGCUCUCAAGGAGAAGCAACGAAUCUUUCAGCAGCAGCAGAAGCGCGCCAACAGCAGCGAUGUCUCCCAAUCGGGCUAUACCUCCGAGGAGGUGGCCGUGCCUAUGGGUGCGGGGGUAGCACAAGCUGCUGCCGGUUCCAAUCCAGCUGCCGCAGCGGUGGUGGCCCAGAGGCUGAACAAUUCAUCUCCGGAUUUGGGAAUAGAGAGCGAUGCAGGACGCAUUUCCAGCGUGGAACUGUCAAAUGCCCAACGAGCACUGCUCAAGACAGUGGAACUCAAGUGCGAGAAGACCACGUCAGAAAAAAACGCUUCUCCAGAGGGAAAGGGCACUGUUACCGCUACAGAACACGACUGCGCCAAGGUAGAUCUUGAAAACGCCGAACUGAGGCGCAAACUAAUCCGCACCAAGCGCGCAUUCGAAGACACCUAUGAGAAACUGCGUCUGGCUAACAAAGCAAAAGCACAAGUCGAGAAAGACAUCAAAAAUCAAAUACUAAAAACGCACAACGUCCUGCGGAAUGUUCGCUCCAACAUGGAAAACGAGUUAUAACAAUUGAAGCGACGUCCAACAUAUCAGUCAGCAUUAACCUGAGAGGCCAUUACCUCCAUUCUGAGUUGCUAAUUUACCUUAUUACCUUACUACCAUCAUUCUUGCCAUUUUAAUUUUUUUCUUUGUCAGACAACAUUGUAUUUUGUUUGAUCGUUACUAACUUAAUUUAUUGUCCAACCAUUGUGUUUGUAACGGAACGUAAACAACGAAGUUAUUAAUACGGAAUAUACCUAUGCAUUUUCUGAAGACUGUUCUAGGGAAUUACAAUCAGUGAAUCAAUUAAUGAAGUAUCACACCUGUCCAUAGCACCACCACACAAAGUUAACAGAAAGAAACAGUGUGCUGACAAGCUGUAUCUAAUCAUGAUCUAAUUACCUGUCGCCAUCAUUCAUAUUGAAUGACAUAUGUAUAUUAGACUGUAUAUAUAUAUAUCCUCCUAGUACCUAAACACUAACCAAUAUUCUCUUAGCAUUCUCCCAAUAUACUGGUCCACUUAACAUUAAUUUUUUUUGUAAUAACCGUCUCCCGUGCACGUGCUGCUUGUUUAAUUUAUUACUUACUGCUUAAAUGCUCUGAAUCCCUGAUUUCAGUUUACGAUCGAAACGGAUAUUGAAAUAAUUGUUUGAUUUCCCACCACAAUCAAUGGUUUAACCUCGUUGCCAUCCAAAAGCCCCUUGUACAAUGUGUAAAAAGUAGUGUGCGGUGUCCGGAGAACCAAGACCUAGAACUUAAGACAUUUGUAUUUUGUCGUUUAAUGAAUAAAACAUUUAGUUAGAAUUAAAUAUA